UCCAGAUCCAAAGAAGCAACCAAAGGAAAUAUGAGCACAGAGGGAAAACCCAGGAAGAUCUUCUCUCUCUAUCUCUAAAAGUCUUCUCGGUUGAUCGGUUUCAGAAGAAAGCCCCUAUUAAUGGCGGCUUAAGAGUUUAGACGAAAAGAGAGAAUUACCAAUAAUGGCAGAAAACGAGGGAGCUUCAAGAGCAACUGCUCCUCGUCGUCCCACGAUUGCUCUACCGCCACGUUCAUCGGUGGAGAAUCUCUUUAUCGGUGGAGCUGCUGGUACUAGCCCAGGUCCCUUGACGCUUGUUUCAAAUUUCUUCUCAGAUAAUGAUCCUGAGUCGGAUGUGCGGUCGUUUUCGCAGCUACUCGCUGGGGCUAUGGGUUCGCCGCUGGCAGUUACGGGGUUCAGACCAAGUUAUUCUAUGGAGAAUUCUACCAAGGAAAGAGAUUCGGAAGAUGGAGGUGAAAGAGAAUCACGAUUGAAGCAGAGUCGUCCUUUAAGUUUGUUGAUUGCUCCUUCGCCUUUGUUUACUGUUCCACCUGGUUUAAGCCCUGCUACUUUGCUUGAUUCACCUGGGUACUUCUCUCCUAAUCAGGGGCCCUUUGGAAUAUCCCACCAACUUGCCUUGGCGCACGUCACUGCUCAGGCUGCUCAGUCCCAAGCUCAGAUGCACCGGCAAGUUGAAUACCCAUCUUCUGUACCAGCUCCUCCAGCUUCACUGGAACAGCAUCCAUCCUUUCCUUCCGAUGCAACUACAAAUGAGCAUGCAACGUUAUCAUCAGAUUCCAAAAGUGCUAUAAGGGAACCAUCAGAAAUGUCUCAUUCUGAUCAGAGAUCCCAACUUGUUGCUGCUGAUAAGCCUGCUGCUGAUGGCUACAAUUGGCGAAAAUAUGGGCAGAAGCAGGUGAAGGGCAGUGAAUAUCCUCGGAGCUACUAUAAAUGCACGCAUCUCAGUUGUCCCGUCAAGAAAAAGGUUGAGCGUUCUCUUGAUGGCCAAGUAACUGAGAUUAUCUACAAGGGCCAGCACAACCAUCAACCACCUCAAUCAAACAAGCGUGGGAAAGAAAGUGGAAAUCCACAUGGAAACUCGCAUCAUCAGGGGAAUCCUGAAGUUGGUUCUCAGUUUCACUUUGAGGACUUAAACAAAUCAAGUGAGAUAUCUAGGAGAGAUCAGGAAUCUAGCCAAGCUACGCACGAACAAUUGUCUGGAAGCGAUGGUGAAGAAAUGGGUGAUUCUGAAACAAGAGCAGAUGAAGGGGAUGAAGAUGAACCUGAUCCUAAGAGACGGCACACAGAGGUACGGAUUUCAGAGGUGCCUUCCUCACACAAGACAGUGACAGAACCCAGGAUUAUUGUGCAGACAACCAGUGAAGUAGAUCUUUUGGAUGAUGGCUAUCGGUGGCGGAAGUAUGGCCAGAAAGUGGUCAAAGGGAAUCCUCAUCCAAGGAGUUAUUAUAAAUGUACAAAUUCUGGAUGUACUGUCCGCAAGCAUGUUGAGAGGGCUUCUGGUGACCCAAAAGCUGUCAUAACGAUGUAUGAAGGGAAACAUAAUCAUGAUGUGCCGGCAGCUAAAAACAGCAGUCACAACACAGCCAACAGUAACAUGCCACAGUUAAGACCACAAACUGUUGUGACUGAGAAGCAUCUCUUGCAUAGAACAGAUAUUGGCAACAAUAUUCAACAGCCUAUAGCAGUACUACGGUUAAAAGAAGAGCAAAUUACUUAAGUUUUGUGAGUCCUGAUGACAAGAACAAAGGUUACAAAGCACAAAGUGGAUGUGAAAAUUGACACCCAAGCAGGUGGUAGCUGUAAGCUUCCUUUUUUGUGUAGCAAAGUUCAUGCCAUAGGUUCUCACGAUUCUCUACCAACUAAAAAAAGAAGCAUACAAUUUGAAAAAGGAGAGAAAGGACCAACUGAAAGCUGGUAAGAAAACAUGGAUUGAGCACUGAUUAUUGCAGAAUGUAAACUAGUUGUGCAUGUUAUUGUAUCCAAUGAGUGAUGAUCUCAUAUGCGUUUUAGGUGCUGGUUGCGAUUCUGUUCUUUUGUACAUGGGAAUUCAGAAAUGAUGUUCUAUAUUGUCUUAUUUGGUAAUGGCUGUUGCAGUUUUUAGUCCCA